GGCGGAGCCCGCGAGAAUGCCGAUGAGCCCUCAAGUGAUGUCGCUGUUGAGGAAGCUCUCGAUCAACACUUGGUUGCGCGCGCACGGCAAGUUUGUGAGGCCGGAGCUCACGAAGAAGCAAAAGCAGGAGCUCAAGGAGUGCUUUGAUUUGAUUGAUCUCGAUGGCUCUGCAUUUUUUUCUCAGGUGCCAUCGACAGCGACGAGUUGCUGACAGCGUUCAACGUCUUGGGAAUGCAUGUCAAGCGGUCGGAAGUGGACAGAAUGCUGGACGAAGUCGACGAAGAUAAAUCUGGUGAGGUGGAGUAUCCUGAGUUUGUGCAGAUCAUGACCACAAAACUGGACUCCCAGUCCAAAGAAGACCUCGAAGAGGAAGCCAAGCCCAAGGUUCAGCCUCUCCCUUUCCAAUUGCUAGCACAAGCUUAUCGUCGAAAGAAGAUGAUGGAAGCUGUCAUGGGAGGAGACAAAGCUGCUCAGCAACGUCUGAGAGCAAAAGCUGAUGAAGCAGAGUCUGAACGCUUGGCUGUUCUUGCUGCGAUGGAAGCAGAAAAACAAAAUCCGGCUCUUGCGUACAAGGAGCCUGGACGAGUUGAUCUUCAGCAGCAGAAAGCACAGCUUCGAAAGAUGGAUGCCGGCUUCCCGGUCUACAUUGCUGACAAUAUCGACCAGGACGUUAGAGAUGCGCUCUUGGGUGUUCAUGAAGUGCCGAAGUUCACCAUCAAAAGAGAGAAACCUCCUCUUGUCAAAUCCAGUCACCUGCCUUGUGGGAGGGAGCUAAGGCCGUUUACUCUGAGCCAACACAUACGAGAAGUUUAUCAAGCCGAGCUUAUCGACGUGAAGAAACGUCGUGCUGCUGUAAGAUAUAUAGACUGGACAUACCUCUUCCUUCAUGAUACUGAUGAAACAAGGAUGCAAAUCGUUCCAGGUCCGCCACAGGCCAGUGCUGGAGCAGCAGAUGACCCAUCUCAAGGCUUUGAAAUCCAUCCAAGAGAUUGCCGAGAGGAACAACCGGAGGCUCUUCCGUUCGGCUUCGAGGUGUGGCUUCGAGACGGCUGCUGGCAGCACCAAGUUCAACAAGGCGAAGUAUUUCAGAUCAGCGUCCAGCAUGGAAACCAGAUUGUAUUGACUCAAAUCACCCGAAAAGCUUUAGCAACCUCGAUUUCAAACCCCGCAGAUUGGAACCACUGUCUCCGAAUCAAAGCUAUACGCUGUUGGCACGCACCAAGGGCUCUUUACCAGCGUCACCGUUCCCUUGUUCGCGGGAAGGCCAUAAAAGUUUGGACCGUUUAGGCUCGUAAACGCUUCCAGCAGCCUGGAAAUAUACCAACUCAAGAACAAUGAUAAGAACAAGAGAAACGAAGGAAACGAGACUUGCCUCUUCGAAAACUUGGGCGUACAGAGGUAGAGCAACCGGAGCACUGUAAAUUCCAGCA